GGUUGGCGCCGAGUGUGGUAGUUCUGUAAGAAAAAAAAAAAAACAAAGAGCAUUUUUAGUUUCAUUUCCAUGGUGACGUACCCGGCAAACGCCUACACCGGCGCAGGUCUUGGUCGAGGAAGACGAAACCAGCAACAAUCACCUAAGUAGGCUAGACGUUUUAUCAAUACACCUGGAACGUGCGGCUCCUGUUUGCAAUUUUUCACACUUUCUUGACGUGCUUUACAACCCAAAUAAAAAAGAGUCCGGGAUAUUUCAUUCUUUCUCAACAUGGUUUUGCUAGCAGAAAUCUACUGCCCAGAGCAGAUUGUGAUACCGGAAAACUUCAACAACGUGCUCAAAGCGUACGCCAAAGCUGCCAUCCGUACACAACCGUUUGAUUUAUUGCGCUGGUCAGCCGCCUACUUUCGCUGCUUAGCUCUUGAGCGGCCGCCCCCGGUGAAGCCCCGCUAUGAGCCGGAGGCAUGCCACGGGCGACUCACAGCCGGUGCCCUGCGAGCGCUAAUUGAUCAGCUGGGCAAGGGCUAUUUCGUGCAAAAACGCCUGCUGCUGGAAAAAUGGCAAGGAUUGUGUCUCCCGGAAGACGACCUAUCUAACAUCCUGUCCCUGCUACGUAUGCUUGAUUGGACUCAUUUGCACUGGCUGAAGAUUGUGGCCAUCUUCAUUGGCCUGUUGAGUGACAGUUUGGCCCGAACGGCUGAAAUGAUUUGCGAGCUGCUGACCGAAGAGCCGGACGGUGGUUCCUCGCCAGUUCCGCUGUGGAUGUUCAAAGAAUGCUUUUUGACCGUAGCCCGGCUGGACUGUGACUCGGUGCAGACGUUCGUCGAUGGGCGAAAAGUUUUGGACGAUGGCCAACUGGAGCAGAAACAGCCGAUGACAGAGAUGCCAAAAGUUUUAUCAACAAUUUCAUUUAAAAACGCCAUCAUCGACAAGUACAAGAGUGUCAUGGGAUUGGAGCAGAAAUCAACCAUUGAUUCGGAGUUGGUCUCAGGUGACGAUCGUUUUUCGGAAAUUUCUGAAAUUCCAUCCAAGUUGGAUUCCGACUUUAAAUUUAUUGGCGAUGAAACCGACCCAUACGGCGUCCUCCGUCGAGCACCGGAUUUCAAUAGUGUGAUAAUCUUGUUGGCCGAUCUGAAGGAGGAUAAUUUGAAACAGCGCUUGAGCUCGGUGACUAUCGCCGAAGACAGCCUACAACGGGCUAAGGAACGAACUCAGCGUUUGAAUGAUUUGAAGGAGAGCUUGCCAGAGUAUGACUAUGGCAAACUGAUGGAAGCCGAACGUCAGCAGCUGCUCAAGGAUAUGGGUCCUCCUUGGUUGUUGCUAUAUCUAUUCUCCAGAGAUGCAAGCCGUCGUCAAUCUCAUAAUUAUAUUGAGGAGACUUCUCUCGACGAUGACGAGUCUGCAAGUGCUUAUUCGAACGACAGUUUUCAAAUCAGAGCCGACGGCGAAAAAAGUUCAGAACACGAGGAGCACGGUUCCGAGCAAUAUAAUACUUUGGCACAUAGACGUUCUAGCUAUUCAAUUCCUGCUUCCGUGCGAUCGCGAAUGAGCUCCAUACAUUCGUCGGCCACACGAAUUGCAAACGAAGUUCUAUCGAGAGUUAUCUGCAUGGUAGAUGAAGCAAUUAUCGAUGGAGAGUGUGAACUGUCCGUUAAAUCGAUAAGCAGUUUCAUCGAGAGAAGAAGUCAUGAACAAAGCAGUAUCAGUGAACAUGACUUUCAAACAUUACGUGACUUUUUAGAGGAGGCAGAGAGAAAAGAGCUUGAAGUCAAAGACCUUAACGAAUUGUAUCACUUUUUUGUGGGGGAAAGUUUCAAGAAGGCAGAUGCUAGUGAUAGUAAUCGCGAUCGCAGCAAGGAAAUUACCUCAAUUUUUGAAGCUAGCGGUAUCGAUGUUGAUAAUAAUUUACUUGACGCUGAGAUAUCAGAUAAUAUGAUUCUCGGGCUUGUUGCAAAGGACUCAAAGACAUCGGAAAAGGCAAAACAAUCGGAUACUAGUCCUGAAUCCGAGCAGAUAUCAGCACUCCACGAAGCGCUAAUCCAUUCAACCGGCAACUUGCAAGUUGUUCAAGAGGAAGAAGAGGAAGAAUUAGUUGAGAAUGAAGAGCAGGCUUCCAUUCAACCAGAUCUUGCACCGGAAGCAGCAACUCAAACUGAUGCACUCAAUGCCAAAUGUACUGAAUUGUUUCGUCGACAAACAUUGCUAAAAGCGUCGGAUUUCACGAUGGAAGAAUACAGCUGCAGGAUUCCCAGUAUUGCCGGUAUAGGAAAAUCGCUUCCAGAUCAUUUCAUAGAAGCAUUCCUAAACUACCUUGCCAAGCGAGCCAUACAUCAGCAGGGUCUUAUUUAUCCAAGAAACUUCCGAGAACCAUCUUGUCCCAAAUUGCCCUGAAUAA